AAAAAAAAAAAAUCAUUCCGAAAAGAAAGAAUAACGAAUUCUUCAGACGGUCCGUCGUUACGAACAACAUACUCAUACCGUUAACGUAUCGCAAGUCGAAGUAUUUCGAACUUAAUUAUAUAAUUUAUAUAAAUUAAAUUUCAAUAUGUCAGGUGAAGUAGCAAAAUUGGCUAAACCAAAUUUACGUGGUUUAUUAAAUAAACAAAUUGGAGUUAAUCUAGGUAUAACUCUCGGUUUGGUAGUUGUAAUUUGUACAGCAGUAAAACUUAUAGUACAUGAUCCAAAGAAAAGAGCAUACGCUGAAUAUUACAGGAAACUUGAUAACAACGCCUUAUUCAAUCAAAUGAGAGCUGCAGGUGUAUUCAGUGCUGUUCCAAAAAAAUAAAAUCAUUUCUUGAAUUAAAAGUUAAAAUGAUUAUAUUAGACAAAUUAACUAGAUGUUAACAUUAUUAUAUAUUUGAAUUAUUUAAAAAUAAAAGUUAUAAAAAAAAUUACGU